AUGGCCAGCGAACGCUUCAACAUGACCACCAAACAAGAUGACCUCGCCCGGGACACAAUCCAGCUAUCCGGAGUUCAGCCCAUGACCACCGAUUAUGGGAUCAAGAUCUCGGAUCCCGAUCAUUGGCUUCGCGUCGUUGAUGCGCAGCAUAAUGGUCCUUCGUUGUUGGAGGAUCCGAUUGCAAGGGAGAAGAUCAUGCGCUUCGACCACGAACGGAUCCCCGAACGAGUCGUGCAUGCCCGUGGCGCUGGAGCUUUCGGAACCUUCAAGCUCCAUAAAGCUAUUCCCGAUCUCUCCUCGGCAGGUGUCUUGAAUGACACGGAGCGCGAAACGCCCGUCUUUGUGCGGUUUUCCACCGUCCAGGGCAGUCGGGGGAGUGCGGAUACUGUUCGGGAUGUCCGGGGCUUCGCUGUGAAGAUGUAUACUGCUGAAGGGAAUUGGGAUAUUGUAGGGAAUAAUAUCCCGGUCUUUUUCAUUCAGGAUGCUAUCAAGUUUCCUGAUGUUAUUCAUUCGGUCAAGCCGGAGCCUCAUAAUGAGAUUCCUCAGGGUCAGAGUGCGCAUAACAACUUUUGGGAUUUUCAGUAUAUGCAUUCGGAGACGACUCAUAUGCAACAAUGGAUCAUGUCGGAUCGUGCUAUCCCUCGUUCGUACCGUAUGAUGCAAGGCUUCGGUGUCAAUACCUACUGUCUUGUGAAUGAUAAGGGGCAGAGGCACUUUGUCAAGUUCCAUUUCACCCCGGAGCUCGGGGUGCAUUCUCUCGUCUGGGACGAAGCGCUGAAGAUCGCAGGUCAGGAUCCGGACUUCCAUCGGAAGGAUCUGAUGGAUGCCAUUGAGGCGGGCCAGUACCCCAGGUGGAAGUUCGGCAUCCAAGUUAUUCCAGAGGAGAAGAAAAAUGACUUUGAAUUCGAUAUCCAGGAUGCAACCAAGAUCUGGCCGGAGGAGCUUGUGCCAAUUCAGUACAUUGGUCAACUGGAACUGAAUCGCAAUGUUGACGAGUACUUCCCCCAAACCGAGCAAGUGGCUUUCUGCACCAGUCAUAUUGUGCCCGGUAUUGAUUUCUCGGACGAUCCCCUCCUUGUGGGCCGCAACUUCUCCUACUUCGAUACGCAAAUCUCCCGCCUGGGCCCUAACUGGCAAGAAUUGCCAAUUAACCGUCCCGUAUGUCCGUACAUGAGUCUGGUCAACCGGGAUGGUCAGAUGAGACACCGCAUCACAAAGGGCAAGGUGAAUUAUUGGCCUAACAGGUUCGAUGCGAAUCCCCCAACCUCUCCAGCCCAUGGGGGAUUCGCGACCCACCCUGAGAAGCAGCGCGGCGUGAAAGCACGUGCACUGUCAGACAAAUUCAGCGAGCAUUUCAACCAGGCCCAACUGUUCUACAACUCCCUCAGCCCCAUAGAAAAGCUUCAUGUCUCCAAAGCAUUCUCCUUCGAGCUGGACCAUUGUGAUGAGGAGAUCGUGUAUAAGCGUCUCUCAGAACGACUGGCUGUUGUUGACCUCCAGCUGGCUAAGACUGUUGCGAAGAAUGUCGGAGGCAACACACCGACCAAGGCACCAAAGGAGAACGAUGGAAAAACAUCAAAAGGCUUGAGCCAGUUCGACUACCUUUCUGACAGCGCGCAGAUUGCUACUCGCCGAGUUGCCAUCCUCAUCGCGGAUGGCUUCGACCUCAACUCAUACGGGGACAUGAAGAGCGCUUUGCAGAAGCAAAAUGCAUUUGUAUUCACCAUUGGAUCCCAGCGCCAGGGUGUCACCUCUGAAUCAGGAGAGAAGGUGAUUCCCGAUCACCACUUCCCAGGAAUGCGAUCCACGCUCUUUGACGCGACUUUCGUACCCGGUGGAAAGCACGUAGAUGUGCUGGCGAAGAACGGAAUCGCUAAGCACUGGAUUGCUGAGUCCUUCGCACACUUGAAGCCUAUCGCUGGCGUUAACGAAGCGGUAGACUUCAUCCGGAAGCAAAUUGGUCUAGAUGCGGUUAAAUAUGCCUCGGAUGGUCACGUUAAGGAAAGCUAUGGAGUGGUGACUGCCCUUGGUGCACCCACGCAGCAGCUGCAAGUAUCGUCCAAUAUUGAUAGCGAGAGCAAGGGAUUCGUCGACCAGUUCAUUUGGCAAAUCUCAAGGCACAGGAACUGGCAGAGAGAGUUAGAUGGCUUGGUGGAUGAGAUCGCCGCAUAG